UCAAAUGUAUAAGUUUGGCGCAUUGGUAAUGGAGUGACUAUUACUCUGUUAGAGCAGUGAGGCUCCUCUUAGGCUCCUUUUUUUUUGUUUUCCACCUUACAUUCAGAAAUUAAAAAACAAAACAUCGACAUUGUAUUUUGAUUUCAUUAAAUAAUUUUUUUACGCAAACUUUAUUUAAACUUUAUUAAAUCAAUAACCACUAAUCUAAUUUAAUUUCUCUUAUUCUAUACACCAACAUACUUUAUCAAUGGUGUUAGUAGCCCAAAAAUAAAUAAAGAGAGGUUAAACUUCCAUCAAAGCCCAAUCCACUUAAUUUUGGAAAUCAAUCCCUAAUUCACAUCAAUUUCCUCUCCUUGCUUUCCUCCUCUCCUUGCUAUUCACAAACCAGAAGAGAAAAAAUAAAAAUAAAAAAUAAAUUCGAACCUGCUGCCGCUGCUCAGCCGCCACUACCACCGGCGUCCCUGCUGCCGCACCUCCCUCCACCACCACCGUACAACACCAGGAGGACUUUAUGGAAGGUGAUUUCUAGUUAGUAAAGUGGCAUACCAAUUCGAUUACUAAAGAGAAUUGAUAAUGGGGCGGCGAGCCAAUUCUAAAAAAGAACAGAGAAAGAGAAGGCAAAAGCAAAAGCAAAAGCAAAAGGAUGAUCCGUUUUAUGAGAUUAGGAAAUUGAUUGGAACAGUUUCCGAUGAUGACGCGUUGUGUUACCAUUGUGACGUUCCCAGUGACGAGUCCAUGGAUGAGAUUCCAUUCCCAAACGUUGAGGUGGUUGCUCCUGAACACGAAUGGCUAACGAAUAACUUGAUAGCUGGGGUUGAUGAAUGGGGAAUGGCGUGGUAUAGGGUGCUACGAGAAGAUGGUUUAGUUGACCCUUCUAACAAUGAUUAUGACAAGUAUUAUUCAAGGUUUUCAGAGCAAGAGAAGCAAACUUAUAGGGAGAGAAUGGUAGAUAUUGUUAGGAGAGAAAGACGAAGUAAGAUGUAUUGUAAGUGGAUGAUUGCAAAAAAGAGAUUGGAGUGGGAGAAGGUGUGCAAAGGGAAGAAGAAAGUUGGCAGGGAGGAGGAUAAGGGGGGACCUAAGGCAAUGUCGUCGUUAGAAUGGAACACAUCCUGGGGUGAUUGGGAUGAUGAUGAUGUGAUGUGAUGAUGUCCGGGGGCGGCGAGGGCCAUGGAGAUAUGGGCAGUGAAGAGGAGGAACUUUUAGGCUGAUCCAGGAGAUGCUGAGAAGGAACUCGAAUAACCUAAUUGAAAUGAAGCUGCAUUAGUGUGAGCUUGAUCUGAGAAUAACUUCUUAGAGAUAAUUUGUAUUGAGAAUAUAUAUAUAAUUUCUUUUGAAGCAAUUGUAUUGAGUAGAGGUGGUUAUUAGACAGGGUACCCCAAUGAUAAUAGGGUCAGGGCCAAGCUUAUAGGGCUUUUAAUGGACAGGUUCCUUAUUAGAUAGGGUCAAUAUAGGGCCAACAUGUUUUUCCAAUUUAGUUGAUAAAGAAAAUACAUAAUGUAAAAAUAAUUAUAUAGAUUAAUUUGUAUUCAUAUGUAUUUAAUAAUGACUUUGUCCAAUAUUUAUUUUAAUUGAUAUUUUAUAGGCCCCCUCAUUAUUGACCUGCGACCCUCAUUGGCCCGACCCUAUAUUGACCCUAUAAAAUGUGACCCUCUUUGACCCUGACCCGUAAUCGAC